AUGGGUUUUGUUAUUCAGGGGGUAAAUCUGUGGGGCGUGGACCUUCUCAGUCUCUGUCAGGCCGACCUUCACCGUCUGCUUCCCGACUGCAUCGCCAUGGAGAUUUAUAUUCAUUCAACAGCAAAGCCUUGUGCUAUCACUGGGACUCUCUGCAUUUAUGGUCACAUGAAUGUCAGCGCUGCAGGCCAGAUGCCGGAGAUGGAGGAGCUUAUUAAGAGCGACAGCAUGCCAAAGCGGAUGGCUCUGAUCUGCUUCCUGUCUCUGGUCAUGCUGAUGAGCAUCCUGGGAAACCUGCUGGUCAUGGUGGCUGUCUGCAAGGACAGACAACUCAGGAAAAUCAAGGUCAACUACUUCAUCGUGUCUCUGGCGUUUGCUGACUUGAUGGUGUCGGUGCUGGUGAUGCCGUUCGGCGCCAUCGAGCUGGUCCACCAUCAAUGGAACUACGACGCUACCUUCUGCCUGGUCCGGACCUCGCUGGACGUCCUGCUGACCACCGCGUCCAUACUGCACCUGUGCUGCAUCGCUCUGGACAGAUACUACGCUAUCUGCUGCAAGCCUCUGGUGUACCAGACCAAAAUGACGAACGCGCGAGUGGCUAUGAUGAUUGGCGGCUGCUGGGUCAUUCCCACCUUCAUCUCUUUUCUGCCCAUCAUGCAGGGCUGGAACAGCAUCGGCAUCGACCACCUGAUUGAGGAAAGGCGCUACAGUGAAGGAAGCAACUCCACUUCCUGUGUCUUCAUGGUGAACAAGCCAUACGCUCUCACCUGCUCUGUGGUGGCUUUCUACAUCCCCUUGGUCCUCAUGGUGCUGGCCUACCAGAGGAUCUACGCCACGGCCCGCGCACACGCCAAGCAGAUCAGCAUCCUGCAACGGGCCGGAGCAGCCGGUGACUCUGCUGCUCAUCAACGAAACAACCGUAUGAGAACAGAAACUAAAGCAGCCAAGAUUCUGUGCAUCAUCAUGGGCUGUUUCUGCCUCUGCUGGGCACCGUUCUUCGUCACCAAUGUAGUGGACCCCUUCAUAGGCUACACGGUGCCGGAAGAGCUGUGGGCAGCCUGCUUGUGGCUAGGCUACAUCAACUCCAUGCUGAACCCCAUCCUCUACGCCUUCCUCAACAAGUCCUUCCGCCGUGCCUUCAUCAUCAUCCUGUGCUGCGGGAGGAAGAGGUACCGCAGGCCGUCCAUCCUGGGGUCCCACGCUACCUGCACAGCCACACAGAUCAACGGCUCCACACAUGUACUCAAGUAA